AUGACCACACGUUUAACACGAACAUGGCCGAACCUAAAAGAUGCGGUGAGAAUAACGGGAGGGUACAAGUCAUUCAAGAAGGAAGUUUCUGACAUGUCCGAUUCAGUCAAGAAAGAAGUUUGUGAGUCAAAGAAGAGGGCUAAUGAAAUUAUAUUGAAAGACAUGGAGGAAAGGUUGAAGAAACAACAAGAGGCCAUGGAAGAGUCCAUAGCUUCUCUUAGGUCUGAAUCAAAAGUUGUUGUGGAGACUAAGAAGGAUGCUGCUAACCUUUGUGAAUUGGUGAAACUAAAGCCGUGGAAGGUAAAGUUGUUAAUCCACAAUUCCACCGAUUCACAUGUUAAAAAAGAUGAGGGAGGAAGGAAUCGUGUCACAGCUUUAGUAGCUGUCUCCCUUAUACCUUUUUUAACGUGUGAAUGGGCGGAAUCAUGGAUUAACAACUUUACCUUCCACAGCUUAAGUUUCACCAAUUCACAAAGGUUAGCAGCGUCCUCCUUAGUCUCUACAGCAACUUUUGAUUCAGACCUAAGAGAAGCUAUGGACUCUUCCAUGGCCUCUUGUUGUUUGUUCAACCUUUCCUCCAUGUCUUUCAAUAUAAUUUCAUUAGCCCUCUUUUUUGACUCACAAACUUCUUUCUUGACUGAAUCGGACAUGUCAUAA